AUUUCUCGAAGAUAACCGAAGUGUUCCGACAUAUUGUUAAAAGAGGAGAAUCCUUUCAUCGUAUAACAUCGGCAUAGACUGGUGUCAAUAUAGGCAACGUCGUGUAUUCGUUUAGAGGCUAAAGAGUAAACAAGAAAAAUAAGUAGGAGAAUAUAAGAAGCAGUAGAAGAGGAAGAGGAAGAGGAGGAGGUGGUGGUAGUGGUGACGAAGGAGAAGGAGGUAGAGGAGGAUAAACGUGCAAUUUUGCGAAUGUGCGCCUUUCUCUUCUUCGCGGUCCAAAUAAUUCGCGAAAAACGAUGUCGGAUCCCAUAGCCACGGACAUGAUCGACGGCAUCUGGCCAUUUUUAAAGAGUAUUGAUUGGAGAGAUCCAUGGCUAGCUUUAUUAUUAACUUUUCAUGUUGCUGUUACAAUGACAGCACUAAUGACACGAAAUCAUGCUAAUUUUCAAAUAAUUUUAUUCCUUGUACUUCUACUUCUUGUUUACUUCACGGAAACCAUCAAUGAAGUUGCUGCAACAAAUUGGAUGGUUUUCUCGAGACAACAGUACUUCGAUUCUCAAGGAUUAUUUAUAUCGAUAGUUUUUUCUGCACCUAUCUUGAUGAAUUGCAUGAUCAUGGUGGCCAGUUGGUUAUAUCAAUCCAGUCAAUUGAUGACAAAUCUAAAAAGAGCACAAUUGAGACAGCAAGCAAAAAAUCGUCAAUCGAAUGGUGAUUUGUCAAAUAUAAAUGGUAAUACUACAAAUCGACAGAAACAAGAAUGAGAAAAUUAGUAAAAUCUAGUCAGACCAUGGGAAAAAAAAUGAAUUUAAGGAUACGCAUUAAGCAUUAUUAUAAGAUUAAAUAAUAGAGAUAAGUGAUAGUUAUAAAAAAAAAAAAAAAAUAGGCGGAAGUCUGCAUUGCCAUGUAAUCCCUUGAAUGUGAAAGAAAAAAUAAGUGUCCCGAAAAUAUCAUUCAUUUUUAGCUAUUGCUAAUUAAUUGGGACUGUAACUUAUAUUGGUACUGCCUAGUCAAUAUAAUGAUGACACGUAUUUUUAAACUUUCAGUAUUGUAUAAAUGUAAUUGGAUUGCAUUAAGAAAAAACAUACUGUAAAGGUAAAAAAUAAGCUAAAUCAAGUAUUAAAAGCAAAAUUCAAGAUGUUUCAUCAAACUUAGAUAAUGUUUGAAGUCUGUUUUUAUAGAUUGGCCCAAAAUAAUAACAUUAUUUUAUAUCAAGAUACAUUCCUACAGCUUUAUCCUUUUUCUUACUCAUUAAUUUCUUGUAAAAUACUGAUAAUAAGACAAAAGUGUUCUUAAUGCAAAAUCAUGUACUUAUUAUUGCAAUAGAUAUCGCUUUUAAUGCAAGACUAUGGUCUAGAAGUAAAGGCAUAAUUAGAUGAAUAUAAAUCAUGUAAUCAAGCAUGUGUGCGUUAUGUGUAUCAAUGUAUGGAAAGUCAUGUUAAAAUGUAUGUAUGUUCUAUGAAUGCGUGAAUAAAUGCUUAUUAAAUUAAAA